UCAGUAGGUGACAUCGGAGACAUGAAUCUCGCCUGGGUACCGCACCUCAUUGUCCUGGGGACGCUGCUGGGAGCCGGCUACACCAGUACCGAUACAGCAGAUACCUGGUGCUACGAAGACCCAAAAUGCGGUCCAGAGACAUGGGCAGCUCUGGGGCACUGUAACGGCACCAGGCAGUCCCCGAUCAACAUCGUCACCCCUGCAGCUGUCCACAAUCCCCACUUGGGGGCUGUGUCCCUCGCUGGCUAUGGGGAUGCCAGGAAGCUUAUCUACAUGAAAAACAAGGGGACGACAGUGGAGGUGCAUUUAGCGGAUGGGCUCCAUCUCAGUGCCCAGGGGCUCCCAGCUAUCUACACAGCCAAAUCCUUCCACCUCCACUGGGGCCAGGGGGCAGCCCGGCCUGGCUCAGAGCAUUUCAUCAAUCACAAACAGUUCUCCAUGGAGCUCCAUAUUGUUCAUACCAAGAACAACCUGAGCAUGGCUGACGCCCUCAAGGAUCCCGAGGGAAUCGCUGUGCUGGCCUUCUUCCUCCAGGCAACAGCCCACGCACGCCCCUCCCGCUCCUGGGAUUCCUUCACCCGGCACUUGAAGAACGUGGCUCUGAAGGACAAGAAAACGAAUCUGGACGGCUCCUUCUCCCUGCGCGGGCUCCUGGGCUCGGUGGAUCUAGCCCGCUAUUACCGCUACCACGGCUCCCUCACCACCCCCUACUGUGACGAAGUCGUGGUCUGGACUGUCUUCCCCAGCCCCAUCCUGGUGCCUCCUGGCGUGGUGGCUGCAUUCCCCUCCAUCCUCCGCUCCACAAACUCAGAUGCUGGGCCCCGGCUGCAGAACAACUACCGGCCUCUGCAGAGCCUUGGGAAUCGCCAAGUGCAGGCCUCGGCAGCCCUCCGAGUCACCCCCAGCUCCUCUUCCACCCUGCGGCCUGCAGCCGUGAUCCCUCUGCUCAUCAGUACUGCAGCAAUUGCCUGGCACCUAUAAGGGGACAGAGCCAGACACCUAGAGGCUGG